AUGUGCCUCCAUCUUGAACCCGUGGGGACAAGAGUCAGGCGCCAAGGCAAGGCCCCCGAGAUUCGGAUCUUCGCUCACACUCUGCUCACUAUCGACCAGCUGUGCAUGGUCAACGCUGAUCGCGGUGCGGACUCGCGACAGAUAAGCUGGCUUUGCUUAGUUUCGUCUCAUUUUCGAACUCCACUCAUCUAUCAAACACUCCAGUUCACGCAGACUGAUCCUCUCUGCGAUGGAUACCACCAGGAAUUUACCUACCUGCGCCGCCGCCCGGAUGAAAUCCAGAUUGUCCGUCACUUGGGAACACCCUUACCUGUAGCGCGCCUCCUCGAAGCCUUCGAGGACCCGGCGAUCCAGUCACAGAUUCAGCAGACCUACUCGACCAGCUUCUGUACCUUUCUCGACAGCCUGAUCGUCGAAGCGAGAGAAGUCACAACAACCUGGCCCCAUAGUGUCGAUGUUUCCAGAUAUCGAGGGCACUAUGUACUCUCCUAUGACCUCCUCGCCAUCUGGUCACUCACCCUAGCAGACCAGGUCGAGUUUGCAUCGUUGCGCGUCGUUGCAGAUAGCCACGGUUCACUCCUUGCACGGUUCUUCUCCUUCUGUGGACGUGCUCUCGGCACGGCCGAUCGAGGCCUGCAGGCACGACUACCUUCUCCCCUCUCGCGUCUCCAUACGCUUGAGCUUACUCCUAUGGAGAACGAUAUUGGGACCGUGAGCAAUGCUGCAGUCUCGGCAUUUCUUUCGUUCCAAGGCCUCGUGAGCUGCUACACGUCCUGGGGCAGAGGAAGCUCGGCACCAUCUAACCCAGGGGCACCAUCCCGACCCUGGCCGAUUGCGCCUCAUAUCCAGCGCCUCGAGCUCAGAUCGGCUGCUUUCCCGGGCACGCCGCGAAACCCUAAGAGCAGUAGUCUAGUGAUCCGCGAUCUCGUCCUGAGGGAACUCGGCUCUGACCUGAGGAGCCUUGUCGUAGACGUGGAUCCUGGGGAUGCGGAUGCGUACGACGAGAUCGACUUCGGUCCGCUCGGCGAGGCGAUCAGGACAUACGGGACCGGACUACGCCGCUUCGAGCUCCAGCUAUACAAGACAGCGGCCGGCCAGUUUGAGGAACGAGACAGCGGGGUGCUAGGUAACCUACGGGCGGCAAACAUCAAACUCGAGUGGCUCAGUGCACCCAUGUCGAGGCUGACAUACUUUGAGCGCCCUAAGGACGGCGUCGGGGCUUACCCCGGAGAUCACGACAAAGCAUACAUCCCACCAGACUUCGCGGAUCUAGGGGACUACCUACCCCCCAGCCUGCGAUACUUUUGGACGAGUAUCCCUAACCCUCGCUUCUAUAACCCAGUACCUCAACAUGAUCUGAGCCACGACCUAGGUUCAUUGCUCGCCAGUGCCGAGGCUAAGCUGCCACAACUUGAGUGGGUGCUCGUCCACGCGCCGUACCCCAACUACCAGCUACGCCAGGGUUACAGGACUUAUCAGUACUGGGCAGAGGAGACGAUGGGCCCCUUCCACUACCUAUAUCGUCGACGGCAGGGCCCAGGGUGUCGGUGUCGUAACACGCUAGGGCCUAAGCAGCACCCACCAGAGUGGAAGCAAGCUAUCAAGGAUGAGAUCGCGAUGAGCUUCGAAUAG